AUGUCGUCCAUCUUUGACAGCUCGGAAAAUGUCAUCCAUCUUGGAUAUUUUUUAUUAGGUGGUACACACAUUGGGAUUAUAAGUUUAUGGUGUCGUCACAUAUCCUGGUUGCUGGGUCUUCGUUGGAAUAUCCAUGGUAUCCAUAAGCUCGACAACAAGAAGUCUUUUAUAAUGGUUGCAAAUCAUCAAAGUAGUCUUGAUCUUUUAGGUAUGUUUGAGAUAAUACACUAUCUACAGUUUCCAAUGACCAUUAUGACAAGAUUGAGAGUGAUUUUGAUUUCGCCUCUUGGAUUAGCAAUGUGGUUAUCGGGUAUUGUACUUCUUAAACCACAGCAGACAAUGAGCGAUUUGAAGACUAAUAUUUAUGGAAGAGACAAUAUAAAUAAUAAUAUGAUUAUGUGGAAUUUCCCGGAGAUUAAAACAGGCAUUGGUGACAAGAUUCAGAAGUUUGAUAAGCAUGCUUUUUCUUUUGCAAUCGAAGAUGAUUUACCAAUAGUGCCUGUUGUGUUUGGCUCGUAUAAAAAAAUAUUUGAUGAUGACCAGAAGUAUUUUAAUACAGGUUAUGUGAACAUUACAAUACUACCAGAAAUAAGAACAGAAAACCUAUACCGAGAAGAUGUAAACGAUCUAAUAAAAUCAGUAAAAACCACAAUGAUAAAACAAACAAAUGAGGAUCUAUGA